AUGGCGACAAAUAACCCGCCAAAGCCUACAAUUUAUACGGCUUUGUCUCUAGUUCCUGAUGUAUCUAUUGACGACACAGAUGUCCCGGACUCUGUCACAACCAUCGAAUCAUGGGACUCCAGUAUAUACAUUGGAACGUCUCAAGGCGAGGUUUUACAUUACUUUCGUGAUGACUCUUCUACAAAUCUCUCAUAUAUCCUAGCGUCGCGGCAGCGUACACACGCGAAAAAGGUCAGACCGGCAUCUAAGAUUAUUGUUCUGCCAUGUAUUUCACGCGCCAUCGUUCUCUCUGUUUCGACAGCUUCAGUCUUUACACUUCCAGAAUUUGCCCCUGUAAGCGGCAUAGGCUCUCUACGCGACAUUCAUGAUAUUUGCCGCGACUACGACGACCGUUCAAUCACUGAAGAGCCCUCAGCGACAUCUGAUGGAAAAAAUGUACUUGUCACUGUUUUAACGCGUGCUUCCAUUCGUUUUGUCCGAGUUUUUCCAACUGCUCUCAAAGCCGAGCGCAAAAUUGAUUACCCUAGCGCACUUACUGGGUUUCAACGCGCAAACUUUGCCGUGGUGGCAAAUGCAUCAUCCUAUGACUUGGUGGACUUGGAAAACAACCAGAAAAUACCUCUUUUUGAAAUCUCAUCCGGAGGUGUUGAUAACGAAGAUUAUGAAGACCCUCCAGAACCAGCUCCAGAAUCAACUAAGGAAGACACAAAAACAGAAAACACUACAGAAGAUGCCACCACUGCACCUACUAACACUGAUACUACUACUACUACUACUACUACUACUACUGCUGGUACUACAACCACGACACCUCAAGACCCUCCUCCACCAAAUCCAGAAAAUCAUAAAAAAACACCCAGAAAACUUAAACCUUUGAUAUGCGCUGUAGGUACAAAUGAAUUUUUGCUUACAAGUGGAACAAAGCUUGCGGAGCCAGCCAUGGGUCUCGUAAUCAAUACUGAGGGAGACAUUUCUCGUGGUACCAUUGCAUGGCCCAAAUACCCCUCCUCUAUCGCUGUUGACUACCCAUAUGUCGCUACAGUCAUUGACUCUGACGUUUUGUUUUACUCUCUCCACGACCAAGACCUAGUUCAAACUAUUUCCUAUCCGUCUCCUCCACAGGUUUUUACAGUCACAGCUCCUAUAUCUCAGGCAUAUGCGCCUCUUGCCGAUAAAAUUCGCCAAGUGCCGCUAGAUGAAAGUCCCUCGCCAAGCUACAGUGAGGAACAAAAAACACGAAUAGAAAAAGAACGCACACAAGCAGAAAAGUUAUCCAUCAUUUCUUCGACACUUUUUGUCUACACCAAAGAAUCCGGAGUACAAUGCUUAUUAUCAUCACCUCGCAUUUUCCAUUUGGAAAAACUUGUUGAACAGAACCGCAUCGAUGAAGUUCGAGAAGAAAUAAAAACAAUUGAGGUUUCCACAGAGCGUGCCUUUAUAGAGCUUGAAUACUUGGGCUUACUUGUUGGAAUUGGUUGCCUUAUGCAUGGUGACUUUGACACAGCGUCUUCAGUAUGGCUUGAGGGGUCUCUCGAUCCUCGUUUUGUAAUCUACAUGUUUGAUCGGAAAAGUUUUCAGGGCAAUAUGUGGAUCUUCAAUGGAUUACUUCCAUUUUUGGCAAAUACGAUGAACAAGCUUAAAGAACUGCGCGAAGCAGCAGUGGCCAAGCCAACGCCGAAAAAGAAGAAUUCAAAAGCACGCAAAAAUAAAGAGGAACCUAGUAGCAUGCCUUCUGAUGAAGUUGUUAAAGUGCUGGAGGAGUCUCGCACAUAUUAUACUUACUUCCUUUCUGAAUGGCUCAAGCGCCGUGGCUUGGAAAGUAUUGUGGAUAAAAAAGCUGUGUUUUAUUCCCUUGAACUAGCAUCUCUACAAUUACAUUUAGAUGACAGUGAUCAUAAAAAGCUUUAUGAGUUUUUGCGCACUGAAGUCAUUGAAUCUGUGGACGAUGCUCUUACUACCUUGGCGAAUCGCAAACUUUACUACGGCCAGUUUGUACUUCUGGAAAAGUACAAUCGAACGACAGAGUUUGUUGAUCUAUGGAAGCAAGUUCUUGAUGGAACUCUUAAAGACAACGAAUUUCUUUCUGAAAAACCAGAAGCUGCCUUUGCAACAUACCUACAGAAUGUAUGCGAAGACUGCGAUCUCGUAUGGAAAUAUGGAAUGUGGCUUGUUGAGCGAAACGUCAAGCUGGGAUUGCCGGUGCUGACACAUAGAUCUUCGGACAACCCUGUACAAUUUGACACAGACGAGAUUCUAGCAGCUCUUAAAAAACUGAAGAAUCCACACGCAUGGCGAUCUUUUCUCAAGAUUCUUGUCUAUGAGCGCCAUGACGUGUCACGGCAAGGUGAUUUAGUGGAGAUAUUGGCAGACGACUUGACAGAAAAGCUUGCUGUUUCUUCAGAUGCGCGUGACAUUGUAGCUGCUUCUUACAAUGAAUACAAGGCUUUACCUCUGCCUAAACGUGGAUACGUGGAGUUUAUGCAUUCAAAGAUGGGUCGCAGCUUGCAAGGGUCUGAGGAAGCAGAAGUCACUAAAAUGCGCUUGGACUUGAUUCGACUUUUACUUAAUGAAGAUAGUGCUUAUGACGUGCGGCAAGUUUGCACAAAGCUUGAGGCUGGUGUUGGUCGAGAGCUUCUGGUAGCCGAGCUGUGUGUUGUUUACAGUCGGCUUGAGAUGCAUGAUCGUGUCAUUACAUUGUUAACGCAUUCUCUCCUGGACUUUGACCAAUCGGUUGAGUACUGUCAAUAUGGUCGACUUAUUCUUAAAACUGGAGCCAAAUCGUCAGCUUCAUAUCCCCACCCUGAAGAAGCACCAGAGUCCACACAGCGCGAGCUUUUCACAAGGCUCUUUGACGCUUUCUUGGAAAUCAAUGAUGAAGCAACGCGUGCCGUAUACUUGAGGAUGUUGUUAGAGCGUCAUGGCCAUCGGUUGGAUGCGUUUACUGUUCUUCGCAAAACACCGAACGAUUGGCCACUAGAACGAGUUAGUGGAUAUCUUUAUGGCGUGCUGCGUAAUGUUACAGCCGACAAAAAUGCAAGCAUGGUGGCUAAAGCACUUGCGCGAGCCGAAAACAAUUACGUGAGCGCUUUUCACAAAAAAUUAACAACAGCUGCAUCAAAACAGGCUUCUUAA